AUGCAGCAACAACAACAUGCCGCCAUGGAGUUAUCAAGGAAGCACAAAACAAGAACCGAAGCUAUUAGUGCUGCACUGGCUGUUGCCAAGGCACGGCAAGAAAAUGGAGAAGUGGAAUUACCUGACAGAGACUGUGGGGCUGAGGCUACCCCAAGUGUCAAACACGCAUCUUCCCCGAUUAAGCUUGAUUCUGUAGGGUCAAAUAACAAUGUUUCUGGUGGAGUUCGGCUGCAUCAUAGAGCUGAAGUUGUUGCUGCAGGGACUGGUGAAGCAUUAGGUGGCAUGGCUAGACAGCUUUCGAUUGAUCAAUUUGAAAGUGAAGGCAGACGGGUCAGUUAUGGCGCUCCAGAAAAUGCAACUGCUGCUAGAAAGUUAAUUGGCUUCGGAUUGAGAAGAAGUUUGGACGUGGCAUCGGAUUAA